CCCGUCACCCAACGCGAGGUCAGCAGGUCAGGUGCUACAAUCUAAUCACCAGUGAUGUCAUGCCGACUCGACUCCCCCACUCAAUACAAGUCGGGAACUUGCGACUCGGCCCAAUUAUUCCCUAUUCAUCAAGUUUAACAUCUUGAAUACCAUCUUGAUCUUGAACGCUUAAAGAACGUUUGUAACACUCAACGUCCAAGAUGAAACUUCUCACAUUAUACUGCCUUCCAAUAAUCGUAGCAACUGUAUCUGCCCGUUCUACCGCCUUGCCCUACGGUAUACGCCUUAAAUCCAACAAUCAGAAGCCCAUCAUGGACGGCGUUGGUCCCGUCAUGCCACCAUCCCAAGAGCCCGCCGACCCGGCACAACCACAACCUCCCCCUCAAGGCGAAGUGCUUAUUUCGGAUGUGAUGGGUCGCGAUCGCAGUAUCAAUAUUUUCGCCGGGUUUACUCGGGACGUCGCCCCUAUCUCAUCACGCCUGGACGACUUCUCGCGGAAUAGCACCGUGCUUGCCCCGCGCAACUCUGCUGUCGAGGGGCUACCUCGUAAGCCCUGGGAAGACCCAAAAGAUUACGAAGUGCUUGGAUCAAACGCCUACGAAGGUGGAGAUGGACAGGACAGGGCGCAAAAGAAUCUGCGGAAAUUUGUCGAAGCGCAUGUUGUCCCAGUGAGCCCCUGGCCUGAGAAGCAAAAGGCGAAGACGUUGCUCGACAGCGAUAGAGAGAUAUGGUGGGAGAUGAAGGAUGGCGUCAAAACAAUUAUGCCCGACGAGAUCGAAGUAGACAGCGUUGCUGGUCGUGUCGGGAAUGGCGAACUUUGGAUUUUGAAAGGCGUCCGGAACUACGUCUAGUCAUCGAAUACUAUGUCAAUCCCGUAUUAUUGACUAGUUCAUCGUACUCACGUCAAAAGGUAUUUGGCUAUAGAUACAACUUCAACCUAAUGUAGUUUGUUAUGCUACGUAAUACGUAUUAGAUUUCAAAGGUUCGCACGGCGCAUAGAGGUCUAGCUAGGCACAUCAUUUGGCCUGCUGGAAGCCCGGAUUUGCGGACAGGGCACACAUAUUCCUGUCGUUUAAGUGGUCUGGCAUCUGUUUAUGUAAACAGAUGAGAGUAUGGCGUUUUGGGAGGAUCAUGGGUUGUUAGAAUGAAACUACCUUGGGUAGGUAGCUGUUGCUUUGGUUUAAUAGAUCAUAAUCUGCUGAUAGUAUAUAUGACAAAGUAUGAAAAUAACUUGAAAAUGAAACUCUUAAGAGUUAUACCAAGCACUUGAGCAUCUACAUAACUACAUACACUACCUAAUAAUCAAGCAGCUUGAUUGGCGUAGUUUGGCGUACUAAGAUUGGUGAUAGAAUCACUAGUGGGUCUGCUUUCUUCUUCGGAUUGUUAUCGCGCUGCGCUGAUCGCACG